UGCUAACGACGUAAAAUAUUAUUUUUUUGUAAUUAUUAUUAUUAUUUUUUUACCUUUUAAUUUUAAAAACAUAAUAUAAUUUGACAAUAUUUUGUUUACUUUUUUAAAAGAUAUCGAAUAUAAAAUAAAACAAUCUUAUUGGUUGGUGAACUUAAGAAUAAAUCAUCUUGAAAUCUUACUUGCAGAGAAGCUAAUUCCUUCUAAAAGGUAAGCCACGCUGUCAAUUCUUGAACCAUCAAAAGUAAAUGCUUAGACCAUCAGCAAUGGAUCUGUUGAAUAAUUUAUUCAACUGAUUAAACCAUUAUAAAGAAGGUGUUGAAUUAAAAAAGAGCAUACCUGGAUUCACACCAGUUGAAUAAUUUCAACUAGUUGAAAGAACAUAAAAUGGGCUCCACUCUUCCACAUCUUCUAUUGUGAUUUGUGCUUCAGGUUUGUCUCAUUUUAUUUCCACCCAAUAUUUCAAACUUAAUUAUUUUAUAUUUAAAUAUUUUGCUACAAAAUAAAAAUUAUAUCAAAAUUCAUCAUUUUUAAUAAUCUAUAAAUAGAAACUAAUUUCAUUUCAUUUGGAUAUAUAUAAUAAAAAUGUCAUUUUUAUUGUAAUUUCUAUAUUUUCACCAAUAUUAAACUUUAGGACCUCAACUAUAUAGUAUAUUUGUUUUAAUAAUAUUAAUUUUAGGGUUUUUUUCUAAAAAAAAAGUAAAGAAUAAAAUAAAAUAAACUUAAAAUUAUUAAGUUAUGUCAUUUUAAUUAUUUAAUUUAGACACAAUCAAUUUUUUUAUUUAACUAUCAAAAUUAUAGAAAUAAAAAUAUGAAUUAAAAUUUAUAGGGUAGUGUGUUGAAUUUUAUUAAACAAAACCAUUGUAGUGAAAAAGUUUGUAUAGGUGUUGAAUUAAUAGGUGGAAGAAAAAGAUGAUGAUGUGGAAUGUAAAAAUGUGUAAAUUAGGGUGUUGAAUUCAUACACCAUUGUACAUAGUUAUAGGCUGUCCCAAAAACAUGGUAUGUUAGAGUGAUGAACCAUAAUUUUCAUACUCCAAAUAAGUGAUUCUAGCUCUUUGUGCAAAGGUGACAAACGUCUAUUUUGGUUCUUUAAGCCUAAAAGUUACUCAUUUCUUGAUUUGUCUCUCCAAACUCAACCAUAUCCAAUGUAUAGAGAGGCAAAAGUCCAUGAUCCAUCCACUAAACAAAUACUCUGAACUGAAAGACAAGGCCAUCGUUGGCUGGUAUGGCGAUUGAACAUCUUCUUGUUUUUUGUAUUCCAUUCUAACUACGCUCAACAGUAUGUCAGAAUAGUUAUAGAAGAUUUGUGGUGACAUCACUAAAUAAUUUAUCAUUACAAGCUUUUCAAAAAUAACUGAUUAUCAAUAGAAAAAUAUUCUAUCUAAUUCCGAGUUUUCUACAUUUUUUUCUCGAGAACAUUUAAACUGGAAUAUAUACUUAUAAUGGAAAAAAUUAAUAGGCAUGAAAGAGUUGAUGAUAAUACCCAAGUUUGUAGAGGAGGUUUACAUUAGAAAUGACACAAUUAAUAGUUUCAUCAGUGUUUCCACAUCGAAGAUAAUGAUUAUCACACCGUAUGUAAAGUUCCUUGUAACCACUAAAUACUCUGUUAAAAUCUACCAUAUACGAUGAUAUAUCUUCUGUGGAACAUUACUUCUUCGAACAAAAGCUUGAAAUUCAUUUACCGUAGUUUUGGUCAGGACAAUGAAUAUUUUUUUGCUACCACCAAAUCCAUUUUACUGUAUAUUGUUCACUUUUAUGUAAUUCUAACAAAAUUUGUCAUCUAUAUUAGAUUAACUAAUGAUCAAACUCUGAAGAAAUAAAUAUCUUUUAGAAUAACGAGGUUCUCCAGCAUUUCUGUAUCCCACUUUCUAAAUUUCCCAUGUUUAAAAUCAUUCACUAUAUGUGACCACCUUCUGUAGACAUUGAAAUCGAACCGGAUGUAUCAACUGGGCCGAUCUACUCUAUACUAAAAGGAACAAAUAGAGUGUUUUAAGCCUGUCCACGUUGGACUAAAAAAUCAUCCAAUAAGAUAUUUCUAUUUUGCCAUGUCAUACCUUACACUCGGGCGCGUUAAGUUUGUUGCGGUGAAGUGAUGUAGGCUCAGUUUGGGCUUCACUUCUAUUUUUAUUGAGCCUGUUUCUUAUUUGAGGCCCAUAUGUAUUAGUUUCUUCUUCCUCCUUCUUGCGGCUGAUUCUUCUCUGACGAAACGACACAGAGUUUCCUUUGAUAACCGUAACAUCUCACAAAUCCUUUAAUCCAUCAUUAAAUUUGGAUUUUCCCUUCAUUAGUCCACAACUCCCACAUUAAAAUUUCUAUGUACCUUUUCGUUUCCACUGUAACCCCUAAAUCUACAUCUAUAAAUAUCGGAUCUUCCUAGCAUGCAAAGUCCAAACUCACACAAACUCGAAAGGCAAACAAAUAGACCCACACACUCUUUUUCUCGAAGACUCUGCAGCCUUGAUCGGAGCUUCUCACCGUCAAAGCUCUGUUUCUUUUCAUCUUACCGGCCACCAAAAUUGGAGACUACAGAACGAGGAUCAAUCGAAACAAUGUCUUAAAUGCUGUCGUUAAAAAUAUCUCCACCAUUACUUCCUUUUUGUGAAUCCUCAACUAUGGAAGGAGCCAAAAGAGAACUGGCCUCCAUGAAGAAGCUUUGGCACUAUAUUGUCUACGGGAGAUGACAAUACUCAUUCAAGGCACCUUUUCCUAUCUACAGAUACACUACAUCAAAGUCUUCGAUUGAUAUUUAUAUAGCUAGCUUUUGGAAACAAAUGAUAUUGAUGUACAAAAUGAUAUUGGAAAAGAUUAAGGAGAACUUAUAGUUUGCUUUAGUAAAUUCAUUGGUAUACAUUAAUUGGUGGUGCAAAAUGGUUCAUAUUAUGGUCUUAUAGCAAAUGAGUAUUAGAGUAAGUGAUAAAAUUUUAAGCAAAUGGUCCCAGCAUUAAGUUUUUUUUUUUGCAGGGGAAUCGCUGUAAUACAUUUCACGUGGUGAGUUUCUUCAUUGAACCAAAGCUGCUCCACUGAAAUCUCGCCUCAAGAAGCUGGGAACACCAUUUCCUCCCAUCUAUGUUUCAGAUUGGAAUAGAAGAAGAGUAAGAUGAAGAAAUGACUAUCAGGAAAACGAGUUAUGUUCAACAUUAAACUCGGUGACGGUUGAAGAAGAAUGGAAGAGAAGGGAGUUUCAGACUCUCAACUUACGCUGCUCAUGCUUUUAUCUAACAGGUCACAUGGAACUUUUUAACCGUUCAAAAGGGCAGCAUCAAAACCUAGACAGAUGUUUAUUUUUUUCUUUUUUUCUCUUUGAACAUCAAUUACUGAUAAAAACAUUUUAUGCUUGACAUAUUCUUCAAUGUCGAAUUUCAACAACUCUAAAUGACUAAUUGUGAACAACAUUACAACACUAAAUAAUUAGUUCUGAACAAUAUUUAUAUAACAAAUAUUGUGGUCUUAUAAGACAAAUGAGCUUGCUUAUAAGGAGGCCUGUAUUGGUUAGAUGAAUAUGGAAGCGUUAUGUUGUCAUGUUGCUGUGGUUUAUUUAUCAGUCAUUGCAUUUCUAUUUUGUUAUUCAAACUAUUACGUAUGUUGGUUAAAUUAAGCGCACUAUUAAUAUAAGCAUAUUUCGAGACUUCGAGUCAUUGUUAUGCCAAUAGUCCAUAACACACUUACGAAGGCAGUCUGUCUGAUUUGGGUUUAAGUCGUGGUAUUUUCUAACAAGUAUUCAUACCCAUAAUUAAAUUUGCCAUGAUAUCGUAAUCAGUAACUAAGAAAAUAUGAAUACGCUUUUAGACUUUUACACCCAAUAAUUAGGGCCUCACUAUUAUGACUCUUCUCACCAUGUUUAGAGUGAGAAUUGAGUGUUUCGAGUUGUUCUUAUUAUACUUUGUCUGAACAAUAAUCAUUCAUCGCUAUUACAUAAAAUAUCAAAACACAUACAACCCCACAUUAACGACACAUACAUACUUUUAAAUUUUAAUAUUUCUAUUUUUCUUGCAUUGAUCAGGUGGCUUCCUACAAAAAUAAAUUGUUCGGUAUGUAGAGAAAAUAAUUUAUGAUGCCAACUUAAUAAAAAAAUAAAAAAGUUUAUUGGGUUCUAAUUUCCAAUAUCACUUAUGUCACUUUUGUCCUCAUUUAGAUAUUUUUCUUUUUGAUAUUUUUCUUUUUCUUUCUCACCUUUUAGAUAUUUUUAUUUCUCGCCAUUAUAAAUUUCUAGAUUUAUGUUGAUCUUGACUUUGUAGCUCUAUGCUUUGUUUCCUGCUCUCCUUUUUUUUUUUCUAAAUAUCCGUUCCUUCUAAAGUGCUAAAAAAACUUCAAUUUAUCAAUAAUAUUAUAUACUUAUUAACCCUUCUCUUUGCGUUCCCAUGCAAUCUCCUCCAAUCCCACAUCUUUUUACAAGAAUAACUUGCAGCCCAAACUCCUGCAAAUCCAACCUAAACAAACACUCACUUUCACGCAACGCUUAUGAGUGGUAUUGUUAAAGUUAUAUUUAAAUAAAUUAAAUUAGACCACGGAAGAAGCACAGCUUAAAUAUGUGUUGGUUGGGAAAUAUAUCUCUAAGAAGUAUGUGUCGAUUAGAGGUGUCCUUGAUUCAAUACAUAAAGCCUUCACUUGAUAUAUGUAAAGAUACACACUCAUUUUAUUAUCCAAAUUAUAUUUACUUUGGUGUAACUGGCACCUAUAUAAUAUUAUAGUUUACUGCUCCUAUCAUUUACGAUACUCAUUUUUUGCGUGAACAACUACAAAACAUACAAAUAUAUUACUAUCACUAACCAAUACCAAAAUGGAUCAACAAAUCUUUUACAACUUAUUAGACAACAAAACGUACGAAACCGGCGCGUAGCGCCGGAAAACCCCUAGUUUUUGUAAUAAAAAGCCAUUCAGUUCUAUCAAAAAUUGGACUUAUUCGAAGACAUAGUUCUCAAACUAAAUAUAGAAUUCGGAAUUAUUAUUUUUUACUCACAGAAUUCGGAAUAGUUAAUCAAACUUUUGUAUUUUUUUUUCACCUUUCGUCAUCAAUCAAACUUUUGUAUAAAUCCAUAGUAUAAAUCAUUCAUCCAUAACAUAUUUAGUCUUGACCAUCCCUCGCUAUAAUGUUACCUCAAAAAGUCACGAUCUUACUGAAUGAUAAUAUAAAGCCAUAUUUUUGACUAAUAAGGCCAUAUUGUUUUGACUAAUAAAGCCAUAUAUUUGUUCGCCUGUCCAUCAUUAUUAUGAAAUUAAAAUCUAUUAGAAAGUUUGACAUUUUGAUGAAUAGUAUUACUAUUAUUCGAUGUUAUAGUUAUGUUAAAAAAAAUUAGUUACAUAUUACAAACUUAAAUCAUCCGAUGGUUUAAAAAAAUAUUUUGUCUCACUAAUUAUAGAUGAAUAUACAAAUAUACUAAUACGGAAAAUUUCUUAAAUGAUCAUUUUAAAAUAAUUCACCAAAAGAGUUCACAAAGAGUAAAAUGACCAAAAGAAGUUUCAUUAAAGAGACAAAAUACUCUUCUACUUUACUUUAUAGAUAUUUAAACUUAAAUAUACAUAAUUAUUUAAAUAAAUAAUAAAUUAAAAUAAUUUUUAACUGUUUUCAAAUAAUAAGUUUUUGAAUUCAAUUUUAUCAAAUUUAUUUUGAAAUCUAAAAAAUCUUAUUGACAUUAUUUUCAAAUUUUCAUUUUAAAUCUUUAAUAAUUAUUUAUUUAUUUAUUUUAAAAAAUUAAAUCCACUCCCAAAAUCCACUCUUCAUAUCUAAAUCUUUUAGAUAUGUUAACCCUAAGGACAUAAAUGUUUAUUUACCCUUUAGUGAAAUCUUUUUUAAUCAUAUUGAUCUAUGAAAACUAUAUUUGUGAUAAAAAAAAAUUCAGGAUCCAAAUUUCUCUAUAUAAUAUAUAUAUGCUCAUCAUAUAUUGUUAUUAUGCUGAAACGGCGACCCAUGUGGAUAGCAAAAUGCAUGCAAGUAGGGGCAGGCAUGAAGCAGAUAUCUAAAAUUUUAAGGAUUUGUGAUAUGCUCCGCUCCACACUGAUAAUAGAUUUUUGAUUCAAUCUGUGAUCUUCCGGAUAUUCGGUGUUACGGAUAUAUGAAAAAUCAGUAUUUUUUUCCGGAUAUCCGUUUCGAUCCAAAAAAAUAAUUUUUUUUUAUUUUUGAAAAAUAUUGAAAGAAAAAUAAUAAUUAGGUAUACAAUAACAAUGUAUCAUUACAAUUUGUUUAAAAACAUACUUUUAAAAUUUUAAUAACUAAAUAACUGAUUUAGUGAAUAAAAAUAUUAUAAAAUUUAUAUAUAGAUAUACAAUUAUAUAUUAUAUAUAAUUUUAUAUACAUAUAUAUGUAUAUAACAGAUCGGAUCAGAUAUCUAUUUUUUAAAAUAUGAGUAUUUGUGAUUUAUUUUGUCUUUGACGGAUAUUAUUUUUUAGUAUUUGCUUUGAUUAAUAAAAUUACGGAUAUCCUAAUUUUUUGGGUUGAAUUGAAAUGUAUAACGGAUCGAAUCAAAUUUUACGGAGAUUUUGAUCACCCCUAUAUGCAAGUAUGCAAUAACUUUGAAUAUUGCAUAAUAUAAAAGCCGGAGACACGUGUAAAUGUAACUAUUGAUGGACUUUUAUAAUAAUAUAUUUUGAAAUUAUUUUCGAGGGAAAUCAAAAGUCAAUCGUAAAGGUCAGCGUUCAGCUAGCAUCAACGUGAUAUCGUCGAGUCUUUUUUUUUUGACGCUGGUUGUAUUCAAAUUAUAAAGAGAGCAAACCUCCAAAAAUGUAACACACACCUCACAUAAGAGGAUUGGGAGGAAGAACAAAGAAACAAUAGAGAGUAGAGACAUAAAAUAAAAACAGCAAAGGGGGAAAGACACCAAUAGGUGCUUAAAAGGCGAUAGUUCACACACCCGUAGAGAUCACAAAACCACCUGUUAGGGGCUAUAGAUCAUGAGGCAGGGCCUCUCUUCGAAUGGUGUGAUCCAACCAAGCAGGACAUCCUUGAGCCACAUACGAUUGAUAUCGCUGAUCCUUGGUAACACUCACUGCAAUGAGUUUUGCCACUCUGUUCUUCUCCAGUUCAACAUGAUUCAAUGUAUAGGUUGAGAAUCGAUGGAGAGAUUGCAAAAUUUCUCGAAUUAAGUACUGGACCUCAGGAGAUAUCGUCGAGUCUACAUUUUGAGUAAUUUUGUCAUCUUUGGUACAUUAAUUUGAAGACGAUAAAAUAAAUUUAGAAACUAGGUUUUAGACAUUGCGUUUCAAGUUACCCCUCUACAUCUCUCUAUUGUCCAUAUCCCCACGCUCGCUUAUAAGUUCAAAGAAAUCUAAUUAAAAAAAAAUGAAAAUACGAUUUAUACCAACUGAAUUCGAAAAAAGAAUUUCUAAAAGUUGGUGUGUACCGCGUGAUCACCAUAUGCAAUUUACAUUAUAUAUCUCUAACAUAAUUUUAACCUUUGCUUACCUACAUCAAUCAUUAUGAAAUCAAGCAAGAAUUGGCGCGCAUGAUUCAUCGUAUUGUGAAUUUGGGAACACAAAUUCAUAAAUUUAUAGGUCUCCCUCCGUUUCAAAAUAAUACAUGUUUUAAGAUUUUACACUUACUAAAAAAACAUAAUAAAACUUAGAUAUUAAUGCAUAGUUUUUUGUAAUUUUAUAUUUCAUAUAUUUCUAAACUAAUAAAACUUCAAGAAAUGCAAUUAAUAUUUUUGAAGUUUACAAUUUUUCAUUAUUAGUCGACAAAAAUGCAUUAUAAAUAUAAAAAAUAUUUUUUUUUGAAACAAAUUUUUUUUUCUAGAAUAUAAAUCUUUUUGAAACGGAUGGAGUAUUUAAAUUCUCGUAACUCUUAAGUAUACAUUCGUUAUUACUUAUUAACAACAUUUGAAAUAAUUAAUCCAUAUUUUUUGUAUGUAAACAUGCCGACAGUAUAUUGUAUCAUGCAAGUAUUGACUAAUUGUUAUACCAUCAUCAGGUUAGAGUUUUUAAAUAAUCCGAAUUGCACUGAAUUAUUAGUAUAUAAAUUGUAAAAUCGACCAUUAUCUCAACAAACAUUAACAAUCAUUCACAUAAUAUAAGUUCGUUAAUUUCCAUUAACUGAACUUGAAUAGUACAAGUAGAUUUAGUUGAAGGCCAAGGUAAAUACAUACAUGAUACAUACAUGUAAAAAUAACCGUAAAUGAUAGAGUUGAUUAGUUGUAACCUUGAGAUAUAAAAAAACGUGUUGAAAUUGGUCUAAACAUUUAUGUUAUUAUAAAUUUCAGUUUAAUUGUCGUUGUAAGGUAAAAUUUCCGUUUCAAACUAAGUGUUGAUUUAGAAUUUUAAUGCAAAUAUGAUAUUUUUAGUUUUUUUUGGGUUAAACAUGGUUAGGUAUAUAGGUAAUAAUAUUUUAUUUUGAAAAUGUGUAAAAUUAAAUGUUAUUUUUAAUAUAUGUGCAUAAACUUAAAACGACAACUAAAAUGAAAUAGAUCGAAUAAUGUUUAGAUGGGUCCCUCUUGUGACAAUAAUUUUGGAACUUUAAAUGAUUUAGCAAUAAGAGGAGCCCAACACAUUAAGUUUCUCCCGUCAAAAACCUGUAUUUUACUUGUUUCCAGCUCUUUCCAUUACAUUUCCCAAUAGCCUUUUCAAUAUUGUUAGUCUACCGCAUUUGAUGAUGUUUUGACUAUUAAUAGUAAAAGUACUGUGUUUUAUCAUGCAUGACAAUACAGGAGUAGCAUAUGUGCUUUGAAAAGUGAUUCUAUGUCGAGAAUUUUGAAUUUCAAGCGCAAUACAAAUGUCAAAAAACUUUUUUUUUUUUUUUUUGGUCUAAAUGUUAAGAUUUAUACUAUUUUUAAGAGUUUACAAUGUUGUGUAAACACAACUUAUUACAAAGAAGGAAAAAGAGGAAGAGGGAACAAAGAGAGAGCAAUAAAAGGAGAGUAGCAUUAACUAUAAGGGGAAAGGAACCAAAAGUACAACUCCAGCAAAGAUGGUGGGGGAGCGGAGACAGUGGGUCUUGAAAGAGCCAGCAACCUAUCUCUCACAGUACGAUCCACCACUCAGAACACAGCCUCUUGAGUUGAAGACACACCGGUGAAGAUCCUGGCAUUACGCUCACGCCAGAUGUUGUAAAUGAUCACUUGAUUAAUGAGCUUCAUCACCGCAACCGCUCGCCGAGCAUGAGGUCCAGGAAAAUGCUGGCAAAGGACCACGACCGCAUCAAGUGUAGCCGGAGGAGUCGCCAAAAACCUGCCACAAAAACGAGUCCAAGUAGCAACUGCAAAAGGACAAUCAAAGAACAAAUGGCUAAUAGACUCAUCCGCUACAGAGCAGAGAACACAACCUAGUUGAACGUUCAAACCCCAAGAUAUCAACCAAUCACGCGUUGGGAGCCUACGAAGGAAGGCUGUCCAAGCGAUAAACGAACAGCGAGGAAUUUCCUCUCUAAACCAAGCCACUGAAUGCCACUGAACUAAGGGACUUGGUACACGCAUCCUCUCCCAAGUUACCUUAGAUGAGAAUGUGUUUCCAAAAGCGCCAGAACUCGUUCUCCACAAGUAUGUAUCACAGCCAUCGGUUGCAGAACUCGAUCUGAGUAUGCAAUGUCAAAAAACUUGGUCACACGACUCACACCUCCCGCAUCUAAAGAAAACAAAGAUGGAAAGUUUGCAUUAACGUCUAGUGGUUUUCACGGAAUCCUCAAAAAUAUAACUAUUACUUCAAAUGAAUUAAGCCUUGACUAUCAAUAAGCCGUUCUUGUAAAAUUAUACACAGUUAUAGACUUAUAGUGUUGUUGGGUUAAGAGUAUCACUUAAAAAAAGAACAUCACUUUUAAAUAAAAUAACAUGGACGAAAUAUGAAUAGAAGAAAAGAAGAGAAGAAAAAUAAAAGAGGAAUAAAAAAAUCACUCGUGUCUAAUGUGAACACAUUCGUUAAAAAAGUUCCCGACGUUCGAAACAAAAACAAUUAAAAACGACUGAAGAAAUAACAGUCACAAAGCUGUAAAUCAGGAAAAAAAUACAAUAAAAGCAAAAAAAAAGGGAAAAAGAAGAAAGAUAUCCAAAUAUAAAUAUAACUCAUUGUGUUCAGUUCUUCUUCCGACAAUAACAUAAACACAACACAGAAAUAAAAAGAUGGAGUUAAUAUCGACUGUGGCUAGCUGGUUCACUCCGACGACACUCUUCCUCCUUCUCAAUCUUAUGAUCGGCACAAUCGUUAUGACUUCUCGAUUUGCUUCAGGAUCACGGAAACAUCACCCGCAUCACGAUUGGUUCGGGUCGGGUCAUGCUCCGUCUCCGUUAACCAGAGCUCCGUCGCUUAUCGACCGAGUCAAGUCCAUCAAUUUCCAUCUCUACAAGUUUCCCCAUCCAGAAACCGAACUUUUCUCAGCUAUGACCCAACACGACGUAAUCGGGUCGGAUCUUCACGUGUAUCCUGACCCGAAUCCGGCUCCGCUACAACGCGUUCCUUCUCUCUUGGAUCGUGUUAAAUCCAUCAACAUGUCAUAUUUCAAAUUCCCUCACGACGUAACCGGGUCGGACCCUCACGAUCACUCUAACCCGGAUCCAAACCCGAAUCCGGCUCCUUUACAACGUGCCCCAUCUCUCCUGGAUCGAGUCAGAUCCAUCAACAUGUCACACUUCAGAUUCCAGCAGUAUAACCCGGGGGAAAGUGAUUCUGGUAAUCACACUGAACCGACCCGCUUCGAAAAUAUUACGACCCGUAUGGGUCGGGUUGACCCGAUCGAUAAUUCAAAAUUCAUCAUCCCGGAAGAAGAUAAACCGAGUGGAACCGGAUUUGAUAAUCCAAUCAACCUGCCCGGUCUAGCUCGGGCUCCGUCUAUCUUGGAACGGGUCAAAUCCAUUAAGCUUUCUUCUUUCUACAGAUCCGACCCGGAACCUCACUCCGAUCAAAAUCCUGACCCGAAUUCGGCUAUCCACGAAGACCACAGGCACGUCAGGAGCAAAUCGGAAUCCAAGAAACCGGUUAAGAAGAAGAAGAAAGCGACGGGGAAGAUGACGAAAUCAGCGAGCGAGAAGUCGGGCUUCGGUUUCCAUGAGGAGGCGGAGACGGUGGAAUCCGUUGAACGGAGAAGACCAGAUACGACGAGGGUCGAAGGAUCAACGUCGUUCGGAGACGGAGAAGAUGGCGUCGACGAGAAAGCUUCCGACUUCAUCAACAAGUUCAAACAGCAACUGAAGCUACAGAGACUCGAUUCGAUUCUGAGGUACAAGGAGAUGCUGAAGGGAAAAUGAGAGCAAAGUUCCUUAAUUACCCCUCGGCGGAGAUUGUAUUUAUCCCAUGUUAAAACCUCAUCGCCUCCGUCUCCGCCUUUUUCACCGACAAGAUUCAGGGACUUGACAGUGUAUGAACUACCUUUAGUACCCAUGUAUGCAGUUUGGGUAUGUUUAAGUAAUUCAGGGACUUGACAAUGUAUUUUUGGAACUGGGACGUUGUUCUGCACCAAGUUCUAUUGUUCAUCCAGUUGGCAGAUUCCAGAUGUUUAGUACGUUUCCUAGAUUCUGCUAAUUAUUAUUUUUGUUUGUCAGGUUGGUUACUUAGCGAAAUUUUAAUAUUAAUAAUACGUGAUUACGUGAACAGAGGAGGUUAUGAGGGAAAUAACAUAGAUUUUUUGUAUGGCACCACACACACACUCCCAAAAAGUCUGAAGAUGUUUAUUUAUUUAUACAUGAGAAUGCAUUAAACAGUGAUUAAGAAACAGACUACAAACACGAGAAACAUCAACAGCCUAUCUCGAUCUCUCACUCUAUUUUUUUCUUUGUGAGGAGACAGCUCAAUCAAAAGGUAGAUGAUCUAAGAAUCAGAUUCUUGUAUGAUCUGAAUUUGUUCAAGGUGAAUUUGUUUGAAACACGUUUACUGAUGAUUGAAAUUUGAGCAAAGUUGCGCCGUGAAGAAGAACUCAGAUCAUCUCCAACCAAACUUUGCAAAACAUUAUUUUAGUGUAAUUUUUACACAUCUUUAAUCCAACUGCAAAAAUUACACUAUUUUAGUGUUAUACUAAUAAUCACCACACUAAAGCAUUAUUUAGUUUUAUUAAUAAAAUAUACAACUAAAUAAAUGACAAAUAAAAAGUUAAAUACAUCUAAUAUUCUAAAAUCAUUUUUAGUGUCAAGUUUAGUGUCGUGGUUGGAGAAGAACAUUUUUUUAGUGAUGAAACUACACCAAAAUAUUGUAGUUUUGUCACUAAAAUAAUGUUAUGGGUUAGAGAUGCUCUUAACAAGACCAAUAACAAUUAUGUAAAUCCUAUCUUUUGUACCUUAUCUCUUAUGGCAUCUUCAUCUCUACUCUAUUUUUUCUUCUAAAAUAUAGUAAAAGUGAAUAUGAAGUAAGGAAUGCUCUAACUCAACUCCAUAUCUCACUCUAUAAUAAAAUUUACUCUAUAAAUAGAGUAAUCUAUUUGUUCGUUCAUCACUCCAUUAUGAAAUGGAAAAUAUAGUAAGAUUAAAGCAAAUUUUACUCCAUUUUUAUUUUUACUCUAUUUUAAAAGAAAAAGUAAAGUUUUAUAUCGGAGAUGCACUUAUACGUUACGUUUUGAGUUCACCGACUAUAAGAUUACGUAGUCAUGAGAUUGGUCCAGCAAAAAAAAACUCUUAAAAUGAGGCGUUGUAAUAAUUAGGGCUUACAAUUCAAGUAAUCCGAACCAAAACCACCCAACCAUUCUUCGCCACGAAAUUAAGACCCGGUAUACCACGAAAUUAAAAAAUCUUAUAAAUUAUAACUUUAAUCUAAAUUAUAUAUAUAAUUUUAUAAUUAUGCUUUGUUCAGCAAAAUAAUUUCAAACUCCAAUGCAAUUCGAUUUCGUCUCUCGUUUUCUUUACAAAAAAUUAUUUAUUUUAUUUUUCAGCUAUGUGCUGCUCUCAACAGUUUCCCCUAUCAAAAUAGCCUUUUCAUAGAAACUUCACAAAUAAUCUAACAGAAAACAAUCUAUUGUUUCGUUUUUAUUGCUAGCUAUUAUUUUUUCUUCACGUUAUUUCAAUAUAACGUUUAUCCAUCGUUCAAAUUGGAAAACAAAAAGGGAAAAACUCACGACAGAACAGAUAUUAGUAUUACCUUGUCGAGGUAGAUCAUCAGCGUCUGGGUGGUGUAGUCGGUUAUCACGCUAGUCUCACACACUAGAGGUCCCCGGUUCGAACCCGGGCUCAGACAUCAUAUUUUCUUUUGAACUAUGUUUCUUUUGAACUAUGUUUUUUUUAUUCGGCCUAAUCAUAGUUUCUUAGAUAAUGAUAUAUGGACAGCAAUCUAUGGCCCAUAUAUAUAGACAGAUCGGCCUUAGCCCAUUUCAUUCACGUACUCCGGCAAAACGCGGGAAAAUGCAAUCCGGCUACUUCUCUCUAGUUUCGUAACUUCAUAAAUAUGUAUACGACGUUACUCUGGAAGUAGUGUUUGAUUCUUUUUCUUUCUUUUUUUUUUGUUACAGAAAACCUUUGUAGUAAAUUGUUUCACAAUUUUAAGAGUCAUUGGUUUACUGGUAUGUGAUUUUAUGCCAUACAUACCAAACUUGUACCUAUCUUUUUGAUUUUUGUUUAUAUGUUCUGUUAAGUGUAUGAACAUUUGAAAAUUAAUACCAAUAACAUGAAUGGCAUAUGUUUAUUAGAUAUUAUAUUUUCAUUUUUGCUAAGAAGAUUUUUUUUUAUAUGAAGAUUUUAUAUUUUACGUUUGGUUUCAUUUCAAAUAUGAAAUAUCUACCACGUUCCUCGAAAUAAUCAUUAUGGUCUGUCAAUAGUCGUGUUGGAUCGAUAAUACAUACCCAUCAUCCAAUAUUUUUUGGUGCAACCCAUCAUCCAAUAUACUCAUAUCAUUAUCAACUAUACUCUUUGAUAUCAUUCUUAAGAAUCACGAACUUCUGACUUAAAUAUAGUAACUAGAUCUUGACCCGCACAACGGUGCAGAUGUUUAUUUUCACGUGUAUAUAUAUAUAUAUAUUUGUUUACAUCAUUAGUAUUUUUUUUAAUGUUAUUCAUACAUUCAAAUGACUCUUUCAAAUAAAAUAAUUUAAUAGUUUCCAUGCUGCAAUUUAAUUAAUUGUUCCAAAUCAUCACAUAUAUUUGUUGUUUCUUGUUAUAUAUUUACUCUAUUGAAUUAUUAAAACAAUUUAUAUAUGCACGAAACAACAUAUUUAAAAAUUAGUUUGUAUUUAAUUUAUUAUGAUUAUGAUCCGUAAUUCAAAACUAUAGAUUAACUUUAGUAAUUUUUAUGUUUAUUCAUUUUAGAUAAUAAAGUAUUGUAUAUAUAAAGUUUAAGACUAGGUGAUUUUCCCGUGCUCAUGCACGGAUACAAAUAUUUACAAAGUAAUAAAAUCCUUAUAAUUGAUUAAAUUUUUAUUUCUAUUUAUUGAUAAGUUUAAAUUAUUUUGUAGUUUAUAUAUUAGAAAGACAUAUAUAAUAUUGUUUUAAAUUACAUUAUUUUGUUAUCUUAAUUAGAUAUAUGAAUUUGGGUUUAAUUAUUUGGAUCAGUUAAGUUAUUUUUGGUAUGUUGAGUUGUAUCUAUUUUCCAGUUGAAUUUUAAUUAUACAAAUUCAGAUUAUAUAUAAAACAUAUUUUCUCAAAUUCCUAAAUAUGUAUUUAUAAAUUGAUAUAUUUUGUUUUGGCUUAAAUUUAUGAGAAAAGUUGAAAUGUUGAUCAGAAGUUCUGUAUGUGAAUCAAAUUUGCAAUAUUUUAAAAAACAUGUUGAUCAUUAGAGUUUUAGAACGUAAUAUUAACCUAUUCAAUUUUAUUAAAUACUGUAUUCAUAGGAAAACAAUUUGCGUAUAUAAUUAGAUUAGAGAUAAUUACUUGUUUAUUUUAUAGAUAUUGAAACUUUCACAUAGUAUUAGGCUUGAGAAUUUGUAAUAAAGAAAAGAAAAUUGUAUGAAAUUGUGAGAGAAUUUGUUUAAAAUAAGAGAUUGAAUAAUUAUUCAAAAUUAAUAUUAUUUUAGAAAAUUUAUAACUAAAACUUUUUAUUUUAGUUUAGUGCAUUGGAGUAAAUACUGAUUUGGUAACUAAAUUGACUUUUUAAAAAGGGUUAUUAUGUUUUAAAUGAAAAAUAUUUAACUAAAGGUUAUUAAAAAUCGUAGAAAAAUGUUAUUAAACAAAAAGUAUCACAAAUGUUUUAUGAAAGUAAGAUUUUUAUAAAAGGAAAUACCUUUUUUAAAUCACAUCUUUUAGAUAUCAAAAUAUUAUUUUUAAGAUAUUAUUUUUGAUACUAAAUUCCUUUAUGAUAUUGAUAUGAGUUUAUUAAGAAAGUAUUAAGAAAAACAAAAAUAUAAAUAGAUUAUAUUAGUAAUGGCAAUUAUAAAAUAGUUAAUGAAAUUGAGAUUUAUAUAAAAAGAAAUUUCUUAUUGUGAAAUUACAUGUUUUAAAUAUAAAAAAUUGCUAUGUAUUUUUUGUUUUAAGAUAUUGCCUUUUUGAUACUAAAUCUAUAUAUAUACAUACGAGGUGAUUUUCCCGUGCUCAUGCACGGCUAUAAUAUUUAGAAAGUAAAUACAUUAUAAUAAUUUAUUAAUAUUUUAUUUUUAAUUUUGGUUAUUCUGUUAUUUAUAUUGUAAUUAACAUGCAUAGUUUAUUUAUAUAACUUUCUGUUAUUUUAAUUAGACAUAUAAUUUUGGAUAUAAAAUAUCUCGAUUGUUUGGUUAUUAUUUGGAUAUAUUAGAUAACAUUUAUUGUUUUUUACUCAACUAUAAUAUUUUUGCUAUACAUAUUUAAAUUUUGAUUUUUUUUUCUAUUUUUCAUGUAGUUUGAUUCUUGUCUUAAAUUUGUAAAUAUGUUUUACUAAGAUUAUGUAUAAUUUAAUAUAUGUUGUUUUGAAAAUCAGAUAGUAAAAGUGAACUAAAGUGUUGAUCGAUUUAAAAUUACAUAAAUAAAUAUAACAAUGAUAGUCUUUUAAAACCUUAUGCAUAUAUAGAUGUUAUACAAAAUAAAUAAUUCCAAUAUUUGGUUAAUAUAUUUAUAUUAUUAGUUGAUAAUUUCGUAUUUAUUUAGUAAUAUGUUAAUUUGUUCAAUAAUUUAUAUGUAUAAAAUAUUACAAUUUUAUUGGUCUAGUUAAUCAUUUUGUGGGUAUAUUGUGUUACAUAAACUCUGUCAAAUUAUAAUAAAACUAUUUUUAAUUUAAUUCAACCAAAUCGUAUUAACUAUAUUCAUUGUAUAAGUUUGGUUUUACAUUAUAGAUGUGUAACUAUAUUUUUUGAUUUUUUUUAUUAAUUUGGUAUAUGUUAAUUUUUGAAAAAUAAAAUUAUA